GAAAUGCUUGGAAUCACGUUCAGAGAAUAAAGCGAGUACGAUUAUAUUAUCCAUAGAAUAAUAUAUCCGAUAACAACGUGGUCUCCACGCUUCUGUUCUGCAUGGUCUGCAUGCUCGUACCUGCUUGUGCUUGUGUACACUCCAUAUAAGCUCCAUCGUUCUUGUUUGGUCCCGUUUGGUCCGGUGUUUAUUCGCAAAAGUUAAGAUCGGCGGAUACCUAUCUAUGUGGUAUUUCCAAUAGCAACAUUAUUGCAUCUUUGAAGAAUAAUGCGUCGCAAAUAAUCGUGUGAUUGAACUUACCACUGUGUAGUACAAAAAUCUUUCUCGUGUUUUGGUGUACGCAUGGUUAAUGUAAUUAUGUGUUCUCUCUCAGAUUAUGCUUGCAAGUAUUUCAAGGCGCUUUGUUAGUGAAUAAUUUGAGGCUAUUACGGUCUAAAAAGAGGUAGUCAUGGCAGUAACAGGAACAGAAUCGCGUAAAUCCAAAAAAUCAAAACAUAAAAAAUCGCCAAGUAAAACCGUAAGUUAUAAUAGUGUAAGUGGUAGUGCACCUGAGGAACAAGAUGAAUCAGAGACAGAUUUGAAUAAGUCCUUGUUCAAACUCCCACAUCACCAUAGGACAGUGUCAAAAUCACAAACUACUAAUGGUGAUGUUUCUGAUUCUGAGACUGAUUUAGACAAGCCCCCCAAAAGGACCACAUUUCAUAAAUCUGUGCAAGAAAUUCAAAAUACCAAUAAUAAUGCCCAGUCAGCUAUGGAAAGAUCUGAUGAUGAAGAAAGUGGUGAUGAACAACUGAGCAUGAGCUUGUUACAAUUGCGACCAGCAAAAAUUGUUUCUGAGAAGAGAUCUAAUCAAAGCAAUGCCAACUCUCCAAAGUCUGGCCACAACAGCUUGUCUGCAAGUGGUUCUUUAAAGAGUAAAGUUCAUCGAAAACCAAGUGCACCUGAGAUGUCAGAAUCAGAAUCAGAUUCAGAUAAAGAAACUAACCACCAUCAUCUUUCUCAACCUCAAAGACCUCCUUCUCAACCAGAAUCUGGAUCUGAAGAGGAAGAGGAAGAGGAUGAACAUCAAAAUGAACAGAACUUAGAAAGUCAUAAUCGUCAUCAUCAACCACCACAACAGCAGUUUGUUUCUACUCUGAAUCCUUCGGCGAGAAUUAAAGAAGAAGUCCAUUCUAAUUCAGAGUCGUCUUCCUUUGAAGAAGAUGAUCCACCUGCUUUACAGGAAUUUCAAAACACCUCACUUCGUGAGGAAUCAAGAAGAAUUAGUUCACAAAGUACAUCUACACCUCAAAAUCCCAGAGGUGGUGUAAUAAACAGGAAUCAUUCGAGUAACAUUGCCACAUUUGAGCAAGAGCACACUCGAAUAUCAGCACCUGUUAUUGACAUCCCUCAAGAUAGUAGAGUCUGGGUUUUGCAAGUUCCUCGCAGCAUUGAAGCAAUACAUUUGCAUGGACGGUAUUUACCAAAGAAACUCAAGGGUGGUGAAGUUUUAAAUCUACCAAGUGGUAGCUGGCAAAUUAUGGAACAACCAUAUGAAGCUUCAAGGAGUGCAUUAAAUUGUAUAGUGUCUACUGGUAAUUUCAGUUAUGGAAUGCGUUGGUUACAACCAAGAGGGUUUUGGUUCUUUAAGCGUUUGAGAAAACCUCUUCAAAUGGAAACUACUGAUGCACCAUGGACACAAGAAAUUACUCCAUUACCUAUUAAGGAAUUACUGAAGAUGAAAAGCAAUGCAGCCAUUUCUAAAGAUCAACAUUUAAAACCUUCGAAAAAGCGACAUCGAAAUUCAGAUCUUGAUCUGCCAAGUAAACAGUCAAAGAUGAUUCCAAAAGGUGUUGGUAUAAUUCAUCAACUUUUCGUGGAAAGGAAAAGGAAGGUGCAACUCUUUGAUAACUCUACCAGUAUUAUGGAUAUAGAACCAUCAAUGAUGGAGCUCAGUUCAAAGGAGAAUGAGUCUAUGCACAAAAAGGUGAAACACAACCAUGAAACCAGUGUAAAAGAGGACUCUUCAAUUCAAGGAGGUGAGGCUGAGAAAGGAAAGAAGAGAAAACGCAGUUCUGAUGCUAAUGUAGAGUCACCGAACAAGAAAAAGAAGAAACAUUCAUCAGAGAUGUAUGAACAAUCACAUUUGAAAGAUGUUCUGCCACAGUCACAGAGCAUAUCAGUUGAUGUUAAUAGAAGUAUGACUUCACCAAGAGCUGAAAAUAUUUCUUUUAACAAGAAAAAAGAGAUGAGUAAACACAAAGAAAUUUGUGAUGAAUCAUUGAAAAGGUUAAAAUCACCAGUUAAAAUUCCAAAAGUGAAACAAGAGAUUACAGAAAAUGAUAGUGAGAGGAUGGAACAUUCUUCUUUGAAUAAUCUAUCUGGAAGUUCUAGUGAUAGAAAGCAGAGGAGACACAAGAAGAGUCAUGUUGAACACGAAGUGAAAGAUACUUUCUUUGAAGUGAAGCAAAAUGAAAGUAGAGAAACUAGUGAUAAAAAGAAGAAGAAAAAAGGCAAACAAAGCAAUGAAAGUGUACAGAGAGAAACAUUCCAGGAACACGAAAAGAAAAUAGAACUUGCUUCUCCACCUAAUUCAUUCACAGGAACUGAAAAACCAAUUAAGAUGGAAAAGAAACAUUCACAACAGAGUGAAACAUCCUUUGAAAAUACAGAUGGUGAAGUAAGGAAAAAGAAGAAACAUAAACAUCAUAAACACAGAGGGGAAGAUGAAGUACCUGCCCAAGAAACCGAGAAAGAUAUUUCAGUCAAAAAGAAAAAGAAACGUAAGCACAAAGAGUCUGAUGUACCCAAAGUAAAGCACGAGAAUUUUUGGGAAAGGGAGACAAGUCCAGAUUUCUUGAGCCACUUAUAUCUUACACAGGCUACUCCUGAAGAUAUGUAGGAAUUUUUAUUCUGAGUGUGGGAGGCAUUGAUUAUGGCUAUUAUAAAUUGCUGAAUGAUUGCAUUUAGGUUAAAAAUUACUGCCUUGGUUGAGGUAGUGAGGGAGAAUUAUGUUCAUUGGGAUACAAAUUGUUCCUAUGUAUAAAACUUGUUGAGGGUAUAUUAAUAGUUCAGAAAACUGACAGUAGUCAAGGAUUUGAAUGUUUACAAAAACAUUAAUUGUGAAAGAUUGACCUUUCCCUCCUAAGGACCAACACAGGACCUCUGUGAAAUUUCUACGUAACCCAACUGAAACACUGGCGCUUUUGACCUUCUUGCAAUGAAAAGCAUCGUUACUUUAGGAGAAAAUCUGCCAAUAUAGCCACAAAGGGAUAUUUUGUAGAACCUUUUCCUGUUCUCACUUAUCUCUCUGGUGGUUCUUUAAGAAGAAGCUAGCUGUGUAAAUGGCAAAUGUGUGGGCUCUUUCUGAGAAUGUAUGUCUAUGCUGGUUCAAAUGAUAAUUUUGAUUGCUGAAUGGAACAAAAGGGAAGUAGAUAUGUAUAUAUGAACAUAUGUAACCAUAAAGUUGUACAUAACAAAAUUUUCACAUUUGUAUGUGUAUGGGAAGGAAUUAUCUGUAGGAAAAUAGCAUUUUCUGAAUUUCAGUUCAGUGAAGAAAUGUUAUCUUACUUUGCUUAACGAUUAUUUCUCCUAGUUACCUGAAUAUGUAUCUCCUAGUUACUUUUUGUUCCUUUGAGAAGGCUUUGAAUGUAGUUGUUGCAUUCAUUUUCAGCUUCUCUUAUAUCUUAGACUCAUUUUGGCACAUUUAAUAGGACAUUUACUUAAUUUAUCAUUAUAAUGAGUAUAAAUUAUUAAGAAUACAGAUCUUAAUUUUUUUAUUAUUUGCAAACAAUUUGUAAAUUGUUGACAUUGUUAAAAAAAAUUUAAUGUUAUUUAGAAGACCAGAAAAAGUAAAUAUUUUGGUGUGCUGUUAAAUUGAUGAGUUGCUGUACUCACUUAUGUGAUAGCAUAUGGCCCUUCAAAAAAUUCAAGGGUAAAGUGCCGUCUUUCGUCUUGAUUCUUAAGAAAUUUUCACCGUCGAAAAUUUAAAUAGAUUUAAUAUUAAAAAUUUGGAAAUAGUAACUCACCAGCAGAAAGUGUGGGCUUAUUGUACAAAAAUAGCAUGGGUUCCUUCCUAAUUUUGAUUCCUUUCUAUUUUCAAUUGAUUCAUUCAAAAUAAUUUUGAUAUGAUAGUCUGUCUUCCAAGCUUUGCAAACAAUUUUUAAGAGAAAUAGAAUAUAUAUCUUGCAUUCCCCCAAAAGUUGUUGGUAGAGAGGGCUAGUGAACAGUUUUGGAAAGAAUUUAACACAGGAACACUACUGAUGACACAUUUUGACUGAAUUGAGUUUUAUAGUCUUUUGACUCUAGUAUUUUUCAUUUCUCAUCCUUGUUUGUUUCAUACUGGAAAUACUCAUUUUUAAAUGACAAGAUUGCCCAGCUAAUGGUUAAUUUAUCUUGUGAAAGUAUGCUGGAACAGUUUUUUUAUGAUGAUCUACUCGAAUGUUACAUGUUUCCUUGAUCUUAUGUUUUUGUUUUAAUGGGGACUCCCCUUUACAAACUAAGUAAGACCAAGCCUUUCUUUGUUUCUUUUGAUUUUUUAAGACUAGAUGCAUUUUGUUUGCUGGUCUUUUCCCUUCACAUCCAAUUCAGUGAUGUGGUCCUUUCCGUAUUACAUCACAUAAAAAUGGCAUUUCGCCUCAUAAUGUGUUGUUCUGUCACCUGAAUCGACUUAGGUUGGAUGUACAAAGACGCGUUCCGUUUCAUUAUCUGUUGGGCUAUCUCCUUGCAUCAGCCGUGUCUCCCCGGUGUCCUCUCCUGUGUAAUCUCUCCUAAGCUGGAUCCCACCUUCAUCUCUUUCCAAGUGGUCUGCCCCAUGUGCCUUGGAGGAGCUCGCCGCCCUCAUGACGCCCCUCUCCCCGGCGGGGUUCCUCCGUUUGCAGAUGGGCGACGUGCGUUACGUAAAGUCCGAUGCCCACGCCGCGUGUGGAGAGUGUGCGCGGGUUGGGGCGGUCGGGUGACCCCGAGCAGGUGCCCGCCAGCUGCGUGUCAAGGGCGCACCUGUCGCGUGCGGAUCAAUCUCCCGCGCCCGGACACGCGUGCCUCGGCGGACGCAGGAAUCCGCGAACGCCUCCCUCACCACCCCUUUCUCUCUCUCCCCCUCUCUCUCUCUCUCCCUCCCCUCCCGCUUUCUUCUCACUCACUCCCUCUCUCACACUCCCUCCCUCUCUCACACUUCCUCCCUCUCUC